AUGUACAGCCUUCGGUGUGCAGCAGAGGAAAACUGCUUGGCAAGGUCAGCUUACGCCCCUGACAUAUCUGAUAUACAUUUCCGAGUCCUUCUCCGCUUUCCACAAAGGGUUAAAAAUCGUGGCACAGCAGAUUUUUUACCAGUGAAACCAAGGCAUACCUGGGAAUGGCAUAGUUGCCACCAGCAUUAUCACAGUAUGGAUUCAUUUAGUCAUUAUGACCUACUGCAUUCUGCAACCCAACGUAAGGUGGCAGAGGGACACAAGGCCAGUUUCUGUUUGGAAGAUACAACAUGUGAUUUAGGAGUGAGACGACGUUAUGCCUGCACAGCACAUACUCAGGGGCUUAGCCCAGGCUGUUAUGAUACAUAUCAUGCCAAUAUUGACUGUCAGUGGAUUGAUAUAACGGAUGUUCCCCCUGGGAAGUAUAUCCUCAAAGUCUCCGUGAACCCCAAUUUCCAAGUCCUGGAAUCAGAUUUCACUAAUAAUGCUGUGCGUUGUGACUUGACCUACACGGGGACCUAUGUAAUAACUCGUAACUGCCAUCUUAUAAGGUAA